AAAGGUAAAGCCCAAAAUCAGAACCUAUCGGUCAACUCAACUCUGCAAUAUAGGAACCUUCCUCUUCCCUUUCCUCUUCCUGCAAUUUGCAACUCCAAUAAAACUCCAUCCUCUAAUUCAUUUUGCGUUCUGCACCCUUUCUUUAAUGGAAAACACCGAUGGAAUCUCCAAUCAAGUCUCCAAUAACACGGCCUACGCUCGUAAUGGAAAGAUAAUGCUUUGUUCAGGAAUCAUCCUCUUCACAAUCGUCGUCUUCAUAGUUUGUUUCCACAGUUAUGCUCGUUGGAUAUUCAAACACCGCCAACGCCGUCGCCACCUCCUCUCUCUCUCCGUCACACCCACCGCCGCUGGUGCAGCAGACAAAGUGCUUGACCCGUCUAUUUUGGGAACUCUUCCUACUUUUGUUUACAGUUCGAAAACGCAGGAUUCAGUUCUCCAAUGCGCCGUUUGCUUAUCGGAAUUCCAAGAAGGUGAGAAAGGGCGAGUAUUGCCCAAGUGUAGUCACACCUUUCAUGUUUGCUGUCUCGACAUUUGGUUUCACGCUCACUCUAACUGUCCGCUCUGUAGAGCCCCGGUUCAAUCCGACAAAGUUCCUGAAACAGUUGCCGAAACUGUGGUACCGGUGAUUGAAGAGGCAGGUUUACAGCCUGAAUCGCGGCAGAAGAAAGAAGAUGAGAGGGCUUGCUCUGCUUCUUCGUCGCCAGCGAGUUUAUGCCCUCUGGAAUGCCAGAGGAAGUCAUCCUGUGGAGCUACCCACAGCCACGGGUGACGAAAGGCUUAGGGGUUUGGUGGGCAUGGGCUUGGGUUCUCCGGUUGGCCCUGUCCCUCAUUUGUAGCGACUGAGGAGCUCAUACAAUACAAGUAGAAACCUAGUUUGUUGGGCUGGGCCAUAUUGCGUGUAGAUAAGUUAUGUUCUAGCCCACUGGGCACCCUAACUGUUUCUUUCCAAUUAACUUAAAAUUUUCUGUAAUUGAUGGAAGAUAAAAGAAUUUGGUGUAUAUGAGCAAAUGAAGAAAAAUCUUGAAAA